AUGGGUGCAAACACGGCCAGCGGAGUCGCCCAGCGACAUGGACAGAGCAUACUAGAAGUUGGUGCACGCCACCACGUCGAUUGCGAAUUCGUUCUAUCGCCAAUUCGACAUCCAAAUCUAUUGUCGUUAUCAGGCGAUCGCCAAGAUAUUGCUGCAUGCCGUGAAGACGUGGUAAAGUAUCUGCCACCUGCAUCGUCACUGCAUUUGUCGUCGUCGUCUCCCAUGACUGGACCCAAAGCGAUGGGACAAAGUUCUUCUUUUGUUUCGGCUAUUAGUGAAGACAGUGGGGAUCCGAAACUUUCCACUUAUGACAUUUACGAAUUGCGUCACGGCGAUCAGCAAGGUGUUGCGAAUCUUACCACGGUGUUGGCAUGCCGGUACAAUGUUUUUUUACAUGGAAGUGGGCAACUCCGUCUGGGUCUACUCUCUGCAACGGAAUCCUCUGUGGUCGAGCAAUCGACGGAGGUAUCGAUAGCAUUUUCGUCGACGCUACACUUGUAUAAGGGACGCAACAAUGAGACGGUAGCAUCCUCGGAUGCAAAUGCGAACGCGAUCGCAAAGAUGGAUCAUCAAAUGUCAAAGGCGACUGAGUCACUGUGGGCUGAGCUUCGACAUGUGGAGAUGAACGGUCACGCAGCAAUGUCUGCUCUAUGGACGGAAGCCGCUCGGCGUCAAGCGGAGAAUUAA